AUGUUUGAUUCUGGAGCAACAACUUCUUUUAUUAGUAAAGCUGCAUUAAAACGAACAAAACAUUUACCUAUUAAUACUAAUCCACAACGUUAUUUAAUGGCAGAUGGGUAUACAUCAUUUGAAGCAAUAGGUUUUGUCACAAUAUUUAUCGAAUUUGGUGGAAUUAAAACAAGUAUUCUGGUAGGAGUUGUUAGUUCAUUAUGUACAGAUUGUAUUUUAGGAAUGGAUUAUAUUAAUAAAUACAAAGUAAACCUUAAUUCAAAAGAUAAACAAAUUCAAAUACACACAUUGAAAAAUAUGGUUACAAUUCCUAUGGAGAAUCAAAUUGAUAAUGUUAAAAUAUUAUGUCGAUUAAUUAGUUCUACGUGCAUUUAUCCAUAUCAAGAGAAGAAAAUUCAAAUAGGUACACAAGUAUCAUCGGGACAAUUAUUAUUCUCUCCUGCGUAUCAUCUUACUCAUUACAAAAAUUUAAUUAGUCCACAUGCAUUUAUAUCAAUUAUAAAUCAUAGGGCAUGGAUUUCUGUUUAUAAUCCAACAUCAUCAUCGUGUUAUUUGAAAUCAAAUAUUAUUAUUGGAACUGCUGUACCAUCUUCAACUGUUGCUUAUAUUUCUACCAUUUUAGAUACAAAAGCAAAAGAUACAAUACAUGAAGUUAAUACAACACCUUUAACAUCAACUAGUGAACAAAAUAUAACAAAUUCACUGAUACAUUUACAAGAUCAACAAGAAUUUCUUAGAGCACAAGAUAUUCUAACAAGACAUCAUCAACUUUUUGAUACAACAACAACAACUAUUGCGGAAACAACAAAGCCUCAUGUUAUUUGUACUCCUGAUACUCCUCCAACUACAUCUCGACCAUAUCCUCAAACAAAUGAAAAACAAAAUGCAAUGUUUAAUAUUCUCCAACAAAUGUUAAAAAAUAAACAAAUUCGUGCAUCACAUUCUCAAUAUUCUGCACCUGUAUUAUUAAUUAAAAAACGUGAUGGUUCAUAUAGAUUUAUUAUUGAUUAUAGGAAAUUAAAUAAUAUAACUAUUCCAGAUAAUUAUCCAUUACCAAAUCUUGAACACGCACUCGAACAAGUUGGUGGUCAAAGAUUUUAUACAAAAUUAGAUUUACGAUCAGGAUAUUUCCAGAUACCAAUUCGUCCAGAAGAUCGACACAAAACAGCCUUUAUUACGAUACAUGGACUCUUUGAAUUUAAUGUAUUGGCGCAAGGGUUGAAGAACAGUCCUCCGUCAUUUCAAAGAAUUAUGUCGGAUUUAUUAUUACCGUGCAAAAAAUUUUGUUUUAUUUAUCUUGAUGAUAUACUAAUUUAUUCCAACACAUUCGAUCAACAUCUCCAACAUCUUCAUCAAGUAUUAACAAUCCUUAACAAGCAUAAAUUCCAAUUGAAUCCACAAAAAUGUGAAUUAAUUCGAACAAGUAUCAAUUAUUUAGGUCAUACAAUUUGUUCCGAAGGUACAAAACCACUUCAAGAUCGAAUUGAAAAAAUUUUAUCUAUUCCACAACCAACAUCUUUAAAACAAGCAAAUGCAUUUAUAGGUGCAAUUGGCUGGUAUAGGAAGUAUAUACAAGACUAUGCGAAAAUAGCCGCACCAAUAUUAGCUGUUACAAAUUUAAUUACGAAAAACAAAUAUAAAUUUACAUGGGAUACACCACAACGUGAAGCAUUUAAUCAAUUAAAAAAUAUUCUUAUUAAUGAACCAUUAUUUUUAAAUUAUCCAGAUCCUGAUGCAACACUUAUAUUAUCAACAGAUGCAUCAGAUUACUCUAUUGGUGGUGUUUUAUAUCAAGAAAUUAAUGAAGCAGAUGCACGAGAUUGGUUUUAUGAUAAUCCUCGUUUAUGUUCAACGUGGUCCAUAUUUACACAAAAUUUAUUAAAAACAUUUGAAUCUUCAGGAAAAGGUGGUAUUGCAUUUAAUCGUUUACGACAUUAUGAGCAAGGUAUUAAUCAAGAUGUACGCCACUAUUAUUUUGAAGUUAUGAAAUUAUGUAAAGAAGCUAAUCCAAUUAUGGACGAUGUUAGUAAAUUACAAUAUUUAAAAGAUGGUUUAAAACCUUCAUUACGUUUUGAUGUACUAUUAAAAAAUCCAAAAAAUCCAGAAGAAUUUUUAGAAUAUGCUCAAAUGAUUGAAGAAUUGAAAUCAUUAGAUGCUAAACAAGAUGUACUAACAUGUUUGGAUCAACAAAAGUUCACAAAACCGCCAACAAUUAAUUCAAAUAACAUAAAUAACAAGCCGCAACAAAUUAAUCAACCAUCUAUACCUCGGCAACCAAAUCACAAUAACGUCUAUUACAAACCAAAUUAUAACAACACUAAUCCGAAACGAAUAUUCAACAAUACAACACCCAAUCAAGUUCCAUAUAACAAUACAAUACCUAAACCACCAUAUCAAUGUUACAAGUGUGAGGAAUCGCCGCAAGGUGGUGGCGAUUCCUGCAACUCUAUACAAAAUCCAUCACCAAUUUUUAUUAAUGCAAAAAUCAAUCAAAUUUAUAUGAGAAUUAUGUUUGAUUCGGGAUCAACAAAAUCUUUCAUUAAUCAAAUAGCAUUAAAACGUACACAACAUUUACCAAUUCAUUUUAAUCAACAGCAUUAUGUCAUGGCAGAUGGUCAUACACCAUUUGAAGUUAUUGGUACAGUAAGAAUUUUUAUUGAAAUGAAUCAUAUAAAAACUAACAUACUAGUUGGUGUUGUUAACUCUUUAUGUACAGAUUGUAUUCUAGGUAUGGACUAUAUUAACAAAUAUAAAGUUAAUCUUAAUAAUAAACAAAAACAAGUUCAAGUUUAUACAGCCUCACAAAAAAUUACAAUACCAAUGGAAGAUCAAUCUGAAAAAAUUCGAAUUAUUUGUCGUACGAAAAAAUCUGAAUAUUUACAUCCAUAUGAAGAAAAACAAUUAAAAAUUAUUUCACAAGUAUCUUUUGGGCAAUUAUUAUUUUCUCCUGCUUAUCAUAUUACUCACAUACGAGGUUUAAUUAUACCACAUUCGUUAAUUUCUAUAAAAAAUCACACAGCUUUUAUUUCUGUUUAUAAUCCAACAGCUAAGCCUUGUUAUUUAAAUAAAAAUAUUAUUAUAGGUAGUGUUACACCUUUAUCAUCUAAUAAUGUUUCUACUGUUUUUGAUCCACAUACAAACAAUAACUUUGAUGAUGAUAAACCCAAUUCAUUAAAUUCACUUGGCAAAUCACAUAUUGAUUCCUUAAUUACACAUAUAAAACAUCAACAACAAUUGACUGAAUUAAAGACUGUUUUAGACAAGCAUUCAUCCUUAUUUGAUACAUCAAAAACAACUAUUGCUGAAACAUCAACACCUCAUGUUAUUUGUACUGGUAACAAUCCACCAACAACAUCUCGACCGUACCCACAAACUAUUGAUAAACAAAAUGCAACCUUUGAUAUUAUUCAACAAAUGUUAAAACAUAAACAAGUUCGUGAGUCACAUUCUCAAUACUCAGCACCUGUUCUAUUAAUUAAAAAACGUGAUGGCUCAUAUCGAUUUAUUGUUGAUUACCGUAAAUUAAAUAAUAUAACUAUUCAAGAUAAUUAUCCAUUGCCUAAUCUUGAACAAGCUAUACAAAUGGUUGGUGGUCAUCAAUAUUAUACAAAAUUAGAUCUUCGUUCAGGGUAUUUUCAAAUACCUAUUCGUGAAGAAGAUAAACACAAGACGGCUUUUAUUACUGUUCAUGGACUUUACGAAUUCAACGUUUUAGCACAAGGUUUAAAAAACAGUCCACCAUCAUUUCAACGAAUCAUGUCAAAUUUAUUAUUACCAUGCAAAAAAUUUAGUUUAGUUUAUUUGGAUGAUAUAUUAAUUUAUUCUGAUUCAUUUAUACAACACAUAGACCAUUUAAAUCAAGUAUUAGCCAUUCUCAACAAACAUAAAUUUCAACUCAAUCCACAAAAAUGUGAAUUUGUAAAAACAAGCAUUGAUUAUUUAGGUCAUACAAUUAGUAUUCAAGGUAUUAAACCAUUACAAGAACGUAUUGAAAAAAUUUUAGCUAUUCCACAACCAACAACAUUACAUCAAGCAAAUGCUUUUAUAGGUGCCAUUGGGUGGUAUCGUAAAUUUAUUAAAGAUUAUGCAAAAUUAGCUGCACCAAUAUUAGCAGUUACAAACUUAACUAAACAAAAUAAAUAUAAAUUUAAAUGGGACAUACCACAAAAAGAAGCUUUUACUCAAUUAAAAACAGCUAUUACAUCUGAACCAUUAUUUUUAACAUAUCCUGAUCCAAGUACACCUCUCAUGUUAGCAACUGAUGCAUCAGAUUAUUGCAUUGGUGGUGUUCUAUAUCAAGAAAUUAAUGAUGAAAGAAAAAAUAUUUAUUUUUAUUCUCAAAUGUUACCAAAAUUACAACGAAAAUGGCCAACAAUUGAAAAAGAAGCAUUGGCUAUCUAUUAUUGUGUUACACGUAUGAAAUUAUAUUUACAAGGUCGUGAAUUUAUUGUUCAAACGGAUCAUUGUCCAUUACGUGAUAUGCAUUUAAAACCAUCAAAUAAUCGUCGUGUUGAUCGUAUAUCAUUAGUACUACAACAAUACAAUAUUAAAGAAAUUCGUCAUGUAUCAGGUAAAUGUAAUUGUAUUGCUGAUUAUUUAACUAGGUAUCCUCGUCAAACGGAAGAUGAUGAUGAUUUUCUUGACCCUGAUUUUGGUAUUAUACCCGCAAUAGAAAAUGAAAAAAAUAAACCACAAUUAAACAACAACAAUUUAAUUAUUCCAAAUCUUAUUAGUGCUGUCACCACUCGUGCUCAAGCAAAAGCACAAACUAAUCCACAAAAAUUAAUUGAUACUAAUCCUACUUCUGUAACAACAUCAUCAACAGAUGAUCAAUCGCAGAAAGUGGUUGGUCAUGCGUUUGAUGUUUCUAUUAUCGCCAAAACCCAAAAAGAUGAUAAACUAUAUCAAGAAAAAUUAUUAGAAAUAAAUAAAAAUGAAACCAAUUGCUCAUAUGUAUUAGAAAAUGACAUAUUGUAUAAAAUAAUUAAUCGUGGUAUAUUUCAACAAAAAUUAAUUUAUGUUCCAUCAGCAAUGGUUCAACAAUUAUUAAAAGCCUAUCAUGAUAGUCCUUGGGCCGGACAUUUUAGUUAUCGUCGAACAUAUUCGAAAUUAAAAGAUAAGUAUUGGUGGCCGAAGAUGAAGAGUACUAUUCAAAAUUAUAUACAAGGUUGUAUGUUAUGUCAAAAAUUUAAUAUUGAUCGUAAAAAACCUACUGGCUUAUUGCAUCCUAUUGAACCCCCUCAAGGUCCUUUUCAAUUAAUAGGAAUUGAUUAUUCCGGCCCGUUCCCAAUCACACCUCAAGGAAAUAAAUAUGUAUUAGCUAUCACGGAUUACUUCACAAAAUGGGUUAUUGCAAUUCCACUUCCAAAUCAAACUGCUCAAACAACAGCUGAAGCUUUAUAUGAACAUUAUAUGUGUAUUUAUGGUGUACCAAUUACUAUUCUGUCAGAUCAAGGUCCUCAUUUUAUCAAUCAAUUAAUGAUAGCAUUUACACAAAUUUUAGGUUGUCAUCAUAUUAAAUCAACUCCUUAUCAUCCCCAAACAAAUGGUGUCAUUGAAAGAUUUAAUUCAACAUUUGAACGACAAUUGGCAAAAUUAACUAAUAAAUAUAUUAAUGAUUGGGAUGUACAUUUAAAAUCAAUUGUAUUUGCUUAUAAUACUGGUCAACAUGCAACAACGAAAUAUUCUCCAUAUCAGUUACAAUUUGGACGUCAACCUAAACUACCACCAGACAAACCAUCAUCAACUUACCAGUUUUCAAAACCAAAUGAUUAUUUUUAUCAUUUACAAAAAACCUUACAACUCUAUCACCAGUCUGCAAAACAACAUAUACAUAAAGGCCAACAAAUUUAUAAAAAUUAUUAUGAUCGUAAUCGUUCUAACACAUUUUAUCAUGCUGGUGAUCAAGUACUUAAACGUAUUUCUAUUACACCGUCGAAAUUAUCUGAACUUUAUACUGGUCCAAUGAUUAUUGUUAAAAGUGAACACCCAACUUAUUGGAUACAAGAUCCAAAAAAUCAUCAAACACAUCAAGUACACGUUUCUCAAUUACGAACUUGUCAUCUUCAUCAUUAUCGUUCAUCAAAUCUGACACGACCUCUCGUUCGACAAUCUACGAUUAACUAUGAUCGAACACCAAUUGAUGCUGAUGUUGUGAAAUUACCUGUACCCACUGGCGAACCAUCGAUCAACGUAGAAAAUGAUGCAAGUGUUUUAGGGGUAUCGGCCUAUUCAAUUCUUCGGUAUAUGUAUGCAGCACUUAUUAUCUACUCGUUCAUCGUUUCAUACGUGACAGAAUGUUGUUGGUAUACAAUGCUUUUAUUCUAUUUUGUGGAAUAUAUUGCUUUUUACUUGUGGCAUUGGCAAGCUCAUCAUACAAUUUGGUGGAUACCAUUUAAUGACGGUUGUUAUAAGAAACAUAAAGAACAUCAUUGGGAAAUUUAUCCACCAAAGGAUUUUUACGGUGCACGAAAGCGACAGAUUGAUCAAAUGAAUACUUCUGAAGGUAAUGUUAAUGCAUUACCAAUAUCAUGGUGGGAUUAUAUGCGUCACAAAACAUGGAUUUCUGAUCAUGAAGGUUUACUUAUUCUGUUAACAUUCAUUCAAUUGACUGUUGCUCGUCUAGUUUUUCAUUGUUCGUAUUCGACGGUUGGUUGCACCUUUCUCGGGUUCAUGGUCAUGGCAUUUAUUGGAAAUUGGCUUCAUCAUGCCUAUCACGUCGAAGAUCAUUGGCUCGAACGUUUUAAAUGGUUUCAUGAAUUGCGCGCCCUUCAUUAUAUACAUCAUUUGGGUACGGCUAAACAUAACUAUGGAGUACUCAAUAUGACUCUUGACAGAUUUCUCGGCUCAUUCACCUUCAGUGGUAUGAAAACUGAUAAGACACAUCAGUCUCAAGACAAAUGUCAAUAG